AAAGUGGAAGUAAAGAAAACAGUAAAUCCGCUGUUUGAAAAGAGGGCCAAGAACUUUGGAAUUGGCCAAGACAUUCAACCCAAGAGAGAUUUGUCCAGAUUUGUGAGAUGGCCCAAGUACAUUCGUUUGCAAAGGCAAAAACGUAUUUUAUACCAACGUCUCAAGGUGCCACCACCAAUUCAUCAGUUCAACCAGGCUCUUGAUAGGCAGAAUGUCACCCAGUUAUUCCGACUGAUGGAUAAAUAUAAACCAGAGACAAAAGUUGAGAAAAAAAUAAGACUUGUUGAGAUGGCAAAGAACAAGGUGAAAGGAAAGAGUGUUGAGCAGACAAAGAGACCACCAGUGAUGAGAUCAGGCAUCAACACAGUCACAGCUCUCGUUGAAAGAAAGAAAACUGAUCUGGUUGUUAUUGCCAGCGAUGUUGAUCCUAUCGAGAUAGUUCUAUUCCUGCCUGCUUUGUGCAGAAAAAUGGGUGUUGCCUAUUGCAUCGUCAAAAACAAAUCUCGACUAGGUAGAGUUGUCCACAGGAAGACAGUUACAUGUCUUGCAUUUCCAACAGUCAACUCAGAAGACAGGUCAGCAUUGAACAAAUUAGUUGAAACUGUGAAGACUGACUUCAAUGAAAGAGCCGAAGAAAUUCGUCGCCACUGGGGUGGAGGUGUUAUGGGCCACAAAUCCCAAGCCCGUAUUGCCAAAUUGGAAAAGGCCAAGGCUAAAGAGUUGGCCCAGAGGUCAAGCUAA